AUGUUUAACAACGACACAGACUUGGUUGACGAUGUGGUCUCUUUGAGAAAACAGUUGCGAUUGACAGAGAUCAGCUUGCAGUCUCUCGGAGAGCAGUUAAGUCAGUCAGAAAACAGCAUCGAGGAGACAAAUGAUCGGACACCAUCGCCUACUUUACCAGCUCGUCUGACCCUUGAAGACCUCCAGAGAUCAGAUGUUGCACCUGUGCCGACGCGGCCUGAUCCCUGCACUUUGGAAAAAAGCAAAUCCAGUAGGACCACAGAGCACAGUGUGCACUGUGGAAACACACCCAUUUGUGACUGCAGAUCUCGCUCAGCUCAGAACAUGGAGAUGGAAACUUCUGCUCUCAGGAGGAAACUCAACUCCGUUCGACAGGAGAACUCUUCGUUAGUUUUGGAAAACAGGCAGCUUAUUGGUGACCUGGAAGCCACUCAGCUGGAGCUGGCCAACACCAAGUCCAAGAUACGUCUGCUGGGCUCGGCUGUUGGGGCAAAGACGUCUAGCGUGGCAGUGCUGAAGGAGCAGAUCAUGGGCCUGGAGGCAGAUCUGGAGACUCAGACUAAAGCAUUACUGGAUGCUGAACAGAAGCGAGAGGAGAGUCAGGAGGCAGUGGCCCAGAGUAACAGACUGGUGGAGAGGCUGAAAGAGGAGCUGAAUGCAGUUAAAGCUGAACUGUCUGAUAGAACUCGUCAGGGGAAACGUGCGGAGCAGCAGAGAAACCAGGCCCUACGGAACGCGGAGAAGCUGACCCUCGCUUUCAAACACUACAAAGAAGAUGUUACGGAGAAGCUAAAGAAGGUAAUGGAGAGUGAAAGCAGGCUGAAGGAGAGCCUAAUAGAGUGUGACAGAGAAAGAGAAGAACUGGAAAAGAAGUGUGCGGAGUUGGAGAGAGAGAGGGAGGGGAUGAGCCAGAACGUUAGUGAGCUGAGGGAGGGCUGUGCCCGUGCGGAUGCUCUGUCUAAGGAGCGGGUGGAGCUGCAGGGGCGAUUGGAGCAUGCGUCGGAGAGGCUGAGCAGGUUGCAGAAGGAGCUGGCUCAGAAGGAGGUGGAGGUGCAAGAGGUGUCGGCGCUGAGGAAAGAGAGGGAGGAGCUGCGUCUCCUCACUGCUUGUCAGGAGCAGAGAUUGGCCCAGGCCAAGAGAGAGACUGAACACAGCAAAGCGGAGCUGACCAGCCUGGAGUCCAUUCUCAGUCUGUUACACCUGAGAGAGACUCGAGAGGGACCGUUAUGCGUGAACCCCUGUUUUCCCUCCCCAGUGGCUUACUCAGGAAGCACUGAACAACUUCAGCAGAAGUCAGGAUACCAGCAGCUGUUGGUUGUGCUGCAGGCUGUGGAGCAGGAGAAGACUCGACAGGCCAACGCGGCUCAGAGUCUGCAGGAGAAACUGAACCGAGCCCAGGAGGAGAUCUCCUCCCUGCAGGCCUCCAUCACCCAGCGCAGCUCCCACUUCCAACAGCUCCAUAACCAGCUUCUAGACAAGGCUAACCAGGCCACAGGACUGGAUAAAGAGCUAAAAAAGAAGAGUUCACGUCUGGCUGUGCUGGAGAAACAGCUGCAGGAGAAAACCUCUGCUUACUCUCAGGCUGCCAUGAAGACCAGCCAGUUAGAGCAGGAGCUGCUGGAAAAAAAUAGCAGUCUCCAACAUUAUCAGUCCUUAUUGAAUAAGAAACAGAGGGACCACCAGCAGGCCAUGGAGAGGACCAAGACUUCCCACUCAGAGAAAUGUAAGGAACUUGAGGACAGGAUAGAACUGCUGCAGUUGUCUGUGGAGCAAAAGAAGGCUCAGGUGGAGGAGUUGGAGCAGACUGUAGCCUGCCUACAGACAGAGAAACAAGAAGCCCAACACAAAGCCCAAUUACUACAGGCUUCUCUGGACCAACUCACACAAGACAGAACGGUAAAAGCAAAGCACUAUGAAGAAACCCUGCGUAAAUUUGAAGAACAGGCGUCAGAGUCGGCAUCUAAGGUGAAGGCUCUGGAGUCAGCGCUGUCCUGCUGUAAAGAUGAAAUUAAUGUUUAUCUUGAGCAGAUGGAGGACAUCAAAAACCAGUAUGAGAUGAAGUUGGAACUUAAGAAUAGCCAGCUGCGGGCACUGCAGGAGGAGGUGAGGAGUGUAACUCUGGUCUGUGAGAGAUCCAGUGAACAGAACCUACAGACGCAAGAAUCCCUCCAGCAUCAGCAGAACAUGCUACAGGACAGCACGUCCCGCGUAGCCCAGCUAGAGGAGAGCCAGAAUCGGCUACAGAGCCAGGUGGCCCAGUUGGAGAAGGAGCUGGAAAGAGAACGGUUCGCCCUUGCUCAGGAACAGAGGAGGAGAGAAGAAGAGAUAGAAGAAGCCGGCCAAGAGUCUGAGAGGAAAGAGAGAAAGGCGGCGGAGCUCUCCGGCUCUAUCAUGCAGCUGAGCUCAGAGAUGAGUAAGUGUAAGGGCGAGCUGUCCGACAUGGAGUUGGAGUUGAUUCGACUCAGGAGGGACAGCAGCGCUAAGGCAUCUCAGCUGAGCCAAAUGGAGAGCACGUUAUUGGAGACCCAGGGACUGCUGGAAAAGAAGAGCGAGAUGGUUGUAGAUUUAGAGGAGAAGCUUCACCGGAGUGAAAUGGACAGACGGAACUCCCUGCAGCGGGCGCAGCUAUUGGAGGAGCAGUUGCAUGCCGUGCGCGGGGAGUUGGCCGGCACGUUGGAUCAUCUGCAGGAACUGCGGGACGUGCUGCAGAGAACGCAGCUGACUGCAGACCAGCGACAGGCCGCCAUGGAUCAGUUGGCCGCAGAGCUCAGAGAGAGUCGGCGUGAGCUGGAGGAGAGGAAUCAUGAGGUGUUAGAUAUGGAUGCUGCACUGAAGGAGAGACAGGGGGAGCUACAACAAAGGGCAGAGCUGCUGGGCCAGCUAGACGUGGCCAUUAAAGAGCAUAAGCUGGAGAUGGAGAGGAAGGUGGAAUAUCUGCAGCAGACCCUGGAGGAGAGAGACAAUGAGCUGAAGGACAGAGAAAAGCAGGUGGAGCAUCUGACUCAGAGACUGGAGUUGGUCAGAACACAGCUGCAGGGGAAGGAGGGUGUGGAGAGGGAUGUUGUGGAACAGUGCCAACAGCUGCGUCUGUGUCGGGAACAGCUCGAGCGGACUGCCCAGGAGCUGCAUGAUGCACAGUCUCGCUGUGACACGCUCAGCAGGCAGCUGGACGAAAUGACUCAGCUAGUCCGUCAGAAGGAGGAUGAGUCCCAGCGGCUGUCUAAGGAGUUGGCCGUGAUGGAGAGGAGUUCUGCUCAGGGCUCGGCUCAGCUCCAGGACACUGUAACAGCUCUGCAGGAGGAGCUGGAACAGCAGAGAGCAGAGCAUCACAAAGAGCUGUGCAUGCUUCAGCAGACACGUGGGCAGCUGAUUAAAGUGUCGGAUCAGAUCUCCAGCAGUCUGCGUAAUUCUCAGGAACAGCUGGCCGAACGCUUGCAACAGGCCCGGCUUCAGCUGGAGGAGGCCCGGAACGAUGCCUCCACCCUACGGGCGGAGCUCCACGCUCGAGAGCACCUGCUACAGGGAGCCAAUGAGGCGUUGCUCCUCAAGGAGUCUGAAAUCACUCGUCUUCAGGCCAAGAUCUCUGGCUUCGAGAGGGCCGCAGGACUCUCCCAAAGCACCACCUUUCACAACCAGGAGAGUGUCCUCCUUUCUCGCUCCUCCCCUCACAAAGACUCUAUCACUCGCACCCGUCUCUCCUCCCCGGCCAAACACUCCACUCGCUCCAGUCUCUUCUAUGACUGGCCAGACGACACGGCCAGCUCGCCCGUAGAGUUGUCGGAGAGCGUUAAGGCCGGUGUUCAGGCGACCCUGCGGCAGCCUGAGUCCCCAAACCCUUCCUGGCAGGGCCUGAACUCCCGUGACGUCUCCUCGACGUCUGACCUCUCCUUUAAUCCUCUCACAUACAUGGUGGACAGAGAGCCAGAGGAUCCCGAGGAGCUGGGGGCAGAUCUGAACUCUCUCUCAGGUAUGCUGAGAUUUGUCAACCAGACGCUGGCCCUGCAGGAACAGCACUCCCACUGUGACUCCAGUUCUCCCUUCCAACCCGAUCGCUCAUUCCCCCAGCUACAGAAGGACACAAAUGAAGAAGGAUACAGCUCUACAGGGGAAGUUUCGUAACAGUCUACAUCUCCGUGUUACAUGCCGUGCUGAAAU